AGCGCCGCAUUGAGCUUUCGUAAGCUUUUCACGAGCGCGGGAAUUUAUUCACUGUUACGAUAUUAUUUUUAUUUACAAUCGAAAUUUGAAUACGGGAUUCGAAUGCUUUAUACAAUAUUUUUAAAUUAACGAACUCUUGAUUCUGAAUUUGAAGAUAUUUAAAAAGUUGGCAUAUUUAAAAAUGGAACAGAAUAGUUGUGUGUUUAAAAAGUAGUUUUUGUUUUUUUUAAAAUUGGAAUUCGAAUUAAAAGCGAAGAUGUCGUUGGGCAAACAGCCAAAUGAACACAUCAAGAGGCCUAUGAAUGCGUUUAUGGUUUGGUCCAGAGGGCAACGCCGGAAGAUGGCACAAGAUAACCCAAAGAUGCAUAAUUCUGAGAUCUCGAAGCGACUGGGAGCUGAGUGGAAGUUGCUGACAGAGAUGGAGAAAAGGCCAUUCAUUGAUGAAGCUAAAAGAUUAAGAGCCCUUCAUAUGAAAGAGCAUCCGGACUACAAGUACCGGCCCAGGAGGAAACCCAAAGCGUUGGUCAAGAAGGAACCCAAAUUCGGUUUCGGCAUCACCGGUCUCAUGGCGCCAGUUCCAAGACUAGUGGCGCCCUCAGUGCCGCAUCCCGUGCCUCAGCUACCAAUGCCACAUCACCUACUGCAGGAUAAACCAGAGCUGACCAGGGCCCUAUUCCCCCCGCUUCCGUACCCCUUCUACCCGUUUGCGAAGAUACCCUCAGAUGAUGGGAAGUUAGCAGCGGAGUUGGCGCAUUUACAGGCUCUCUACGGUGGCGCCCUCUACAGCAGCGCGUUAUACAACAGCGCUUUAUCACCAUGCGGCUGCCCCCCUCGCCGCACGCCGUCCCCCCCUCCCGCAGACGUCAAACGUCCUGUAGCCUACGUCCUGAUGAAGAGUGAUGAGGAACCGCCGCAGCACGUCAUAUGAAGGCCAGUCCCGCUCCCCGCCCGGCCCUGGGCGAACCACUGGGAGCGACCUUCGACUUCAGUCCAUGAGAGGGACAGCUCGCCUGAUAGUGUGUAAGUCUGAAUUGUAUUAUACGAGAUAUAUAAUGCAGCAGGGGCAAGAUCGACUGCCAAAGGCCCUAGUCAAGAGAGCCACAGCUAUUGGUGGUGAACCUUAGCCAAGAGGAUGCGACUAUGAUGGUAAUCACUUCAGUAUUAAUCAGUACAUGAUGAUAAUGUUGGUAUUUCCUCAUCUCUUGACGGGAUAUGAAGAAACCACACAUAUUCGCCAAUACAUUACAUGUGCCAAUACCUUUUAUCGCUCAUCGUAUGGUGGUUUUACAAAGUCUUGGAGCUUUGUAUGAAUUGGGUCGGGUAGUAGUAUGGAAAUAUUCUCUCUCAUAUGUUAUUCUGUGCAAUGUAUAGUGGGGUACCACCUCGAAUAGUUAACAUAUCAUAGGGAUUAGAAGUAAUGUUGUAUGUAUAUUUAGUUGAUUAGUUAGAAAAAUUAAAGUCAAUUGUGUAUAAAUAGUAGAACAGUUUGACUGACUUAUGGAUUAGUAACUAAUAUUAUUAUAUAAUAUUUUACACGCAAUAAUUUGUGUAGUGUGUGUAGCCUUUAGAUCUUAAUUUUUUUUACACGUUUGGUUUGGAUGAUAAUGCAAGGCGAAAAUAGACGUUUGAUGAAAAAUAUUUUUUUUUACAUUUAAUAAAUUUCUCUCAAAUUAAUUACAUAUGUAAGAUUUUUUUGUGAAACGAGAUAAUUGCGAUGGCAGAGAAUUAAAUAUCAGAAUUGGCUACUUGACU